UGCCCCUGAAAUAAGUCGUGAGCGCUCAGGCCAACGGUGCGUCGUAUUUCAUUUUUUAGGAAAUAUUAAUUCUGAUUUAAUUUUGUAAUAUGAAUUCGUGCAUAUAAUUGUAUACUUCGUACUUGUUUUUUUUAUUAUAUUAAAGUAAAUAUUAAUAUUAAAGUGAAUUGUGCGAUAUUCAGCAACAAAUUCGAAUAUUAAGUGCAAAAAUGACUACGCUUUGGUUCUACACAAUUUGGAGCGUCUCGCUGUCUUGCGUCUUCGUUGCCACAAUUGCCCAGCACAGAUGUCGACAAGGUCCUAAUAUUUCAGGGACAUGCAAACCAUUUGCCGAUUGUGCUGUGCUAAGGGAUCGCAUCAUUUUUCCGGAUAGGGAUUGCGAGUCCGGUACUAUUUGUUGUCCUGAUGAUGAUACAAAACCAGCAGAGCCUAAGCCCACCAAUUUGAUAAUUUUGCCUAUGGCUGCGUCAAUAAACACUAUUCGGCCAGUUGUGACACAAACCUCUACAAUAGCCCCGACACAUCCGACGGCUAUUCCCGAAAAAGUACGCAUUUUCGAUGAAGAAUUCUACAGACGCUUGGGGUUGGCCUACGGGGAAAAAUAUGAUAUAUAUCACAAGUUACCACCUACUAGCGAUAAUACUGAAGAUGAUAAUAUUUUAAGUACAACAACAACACCAGCGGAUAUCCCAACUCUACCACACUACGAAGAGAAUUUGCAUCCACGUGGUUUAGCGAUAUUAAGUUCGCAAAAAUGUGGAUUUGUUUAUGCUAAUAAAAAUCUUAGCGCCGGCGGCGAAGAUGCGAGUAUACUUGAAUAUCCUUGGAUGGCGUUGUUGCAGUAUAACAGUCGCCGUUUCGCUUGUGGUGGUUCAUUGGUCACCGAUCGUUGGGUGCUGACGGCAGCCCAUUGCAUAAAUGCGGACAUAACCAGAGUCCGCCUGGGCGAGUACGAAGUUUCAGAAAAUACCAAGAGAGACUGUGUCCGUGGAAAUGGAGUCAAUGAAUGCACCCAAUAUAUUGAUGUUAGGAUAAGUAGCACGAUAAUCCAUCAGGAUUACCAACCGGCAACUGGUUUCAAGGAUAUUGCACUAAUUAAACUAAAAAACAAAGUUCGAAGGAAUAAAAAUAUUAAACCGAUUUGCUUGCCGUUUAAAAGAGAAUUCUUCAGUGCACCGUUUGAUCAAAAUGUUUUGACAAUUGCCGGUUGGGGUUUAACGGAAAAGGGUUUCUCCUCGGCUGUUCUGAAAAGGAAUACCAUUACUCAGCGCCCGCGUGCAGUAUGUCAACUUGCCUAUCCAGACGCGGAUGUAAAUCGAACGAUGAUUUGUUUAGGCGGCAGCAAUGAACUACCUGCCAACUGCAAUGGAGAUCCGGGUGGCCCAGUAUUUUGGCUAGUGGAAGAUAAGUUACCGUUUUACACACAAAUAGGCAUUAUGCCAUUGGGUAUGAACAAAUGUGGUGGCGAAGAAAGCUCUUCCUAUUAUGCUGAGAGCGUCGCCCAUUCAAUGGAUUGGAUAACAAGAGUUAUUGGCGAAGCCAAGUGAAGUCUGAGGCAUACAAAAGAAAAGUAUUUAUAUCCCAAAAUUGAUAAGUAAAAAAAAUAGAAAUAAAAAUAAAAAUUACUUAAAAUAUUUUAUAUAUAAUUUGGAUGAAGUGAAAUUACUUGCGGCCUAUACGGUCAUUAAACUUGAACGAAAACGUCUGUGAUUUCGAUAUUUGAAGUAGCUGCCAAAUCCGUUUAUUACGUUGGUGGUGAAGAUGCGGUUGAGACAACACCAGUUUUUGCGUCUGAUCUGAUGCUGCGUACACGCCUCAUUUGGGCUUCCAAGCGAUUGGAUUUGGUUAACGGCUUUAAGCAGGGAUCCUUUUAAAUAAUUAUGGAUAACAAAAAAAAGUUAAUGAAUCUUGAGCUGUGAGUUGAAGCUGACCCCACUAUUCAGAAAUUCUCCUAAAAAAGAUGUCACUGAAUGAUGGAGAGAAUGGCAGCAUAUCCAAAAAUGAAUGAAGGCUUGUGAUCUGGACCAUUUUUGCGGCAUUUAUGAAAAUCUGAGUCCAAUCACGCGUUGUAAAAUAGCUGAAUUAUAGGAUGACUUGUUCACGAAAGUUGUUUGUGCCGACGAGCGAUUGGCAUCAGGGUACAAGUAGGCCCUAGCGUUAGUGGAAGGGGUGCACAGUUAGAGUAAGUAAGACAAAAAUGAUUUAUAUGAGCAUUCGCGUGCUCGUGUCAUGCUUCCUUCUGAAUAAUCUUUGCGGCAAUGCGAGGCUUCUGACAUGUAACUGAAAGAAUGUUAUCUUCAAGAAAACCGUAGACCUCUAUUGUUUUCGUCACAUAUUGCUGGGAAAAAUUUCGCUCACAUUACUCGCUACUACUACUCAAGAUGCCAGAAAUUGAGGCCCUGUCCGUCAAUUCCAGGAAACAUAUACGCGUGAGAAGACUUCUUGGCUGCCAACUGCUCCGACAACGCAUCCUCUGCAAUGAAACCUACUAUCAGCUACUUGAGCGAGCGUGAACUUCAGUACGACACACCAGACUGUCAGAAAACUAAAGCGGUAACGUCUGGCGCAGACCAGGGAUCUUUUCUCGGUCUGAGGAUGUGAGCUACGACGUUAUCCUGAGUAUAGAAAUGCCAGAAAACACUACUUCGUGAUAAAUGUGGACGAUAUAGCGGCGCCCAUAACAGCUCGAGAUACCGAGGAUGCCAGGAGGAAGCUGAACCAAUUCAUGUUAAGGACCCAAUUUUGGCUUGAGGACCAUGGCCUGGAGUUCGCCAAACAUAAGACCGAAAUAAUUCUGAUGACACGAGGACACAUGCCAGUCGAGGUCAGCAUGCAACUAGGCGACACAUCCCUGGUGACUCAAAAAGUGGUAUAAUACCUAGGUAUUCAACUAGAUUGCAGGCGUAUGCUCUGUGCUUAGAUACAGCACGCAGCUGUUAAAGCAGCGAACAUCAGAUGAAUGCUGAGCAGACUAAUGCCGAACAUCGGUAGACCAAACCGUGCAGCAGUGGCAAAGCCGAGUGGACACUGAACCGAGUGGAAGAUGGACGGUGAAGCUCAUUGCUACAAUAGGGAAAUGGGUUCAAAGGAAAUUUGGGAAAGUGGGCUAUUUCAUGGCUCAUUUCCUCUCGGGCCACGGAUACUUCCAAAAAUAUCUAUACCACAUGGGUUAGGUAAGUGACCCCAGGUGCAUAUAUUGCGAAGCACCGAGCGAUGAUGCCGAACACCCGUUAUUUAAUUGUGAUAGAUGGCUCGCGGGAAGAAACCCUAUUAGGGAGCAGAUUGGCGAAAUUGCUUGAGCAAUGUGAUCGGCAAAAUACUAGAACGUGAGGAUAACUGGACACAGACGGAGACAGAAGGCGAGCGUAUAGCAUGAAGGUGGCUAUAAGCAUAAGCAAAAUUUUUUUAAAAUAAAGUCUUCAAGUGCUAAAACAGAUUUGUAUAUUACAAAAAUAUAGUAGUUUAAAAUUAAUAAAAAAAAAUUUAAAUCAAUAAAGUGUACAUCUCGAAGCUUAAGGAA